AUGUGCGAUCUGCUCUGGUCUGAUCCAGACGAUCGAGGUGGAUGGGGUAUAAGUCCUCGUGGUGCCGGUUACACAUUUGGACAAGAUAUCUCUGAGACCUUCAAUCACAGUAAUAAUCUCACACUUGUCAGUCGCGCUCACCAAUUGGUGAUGGAAGGUUUUAAUUGGUGUCACGACCGGAACGUUGUGACCAUAUUCAGCGCACCCAACUAUUGCUACCGGUGUGGAAAUCAAGCCGCAUUGAUGGAAUUGGACGACAACCUGAAAUAUAAUUUGUGA